UUCACCUCGGGUUUUGAAUAAACAUAUAAUUCUGCAGACACAUAAACAGACUUGUGUUCUCCUCCUGUGCAUUGUAAACUGCUGAAUACAUCUUGUGACACAACUGUAUUGGAUGUGUAACCAAGUAACGCACUAUGGAUACUGUUCUCCUAAGUGAUCUUGAACGCUUCUACCUCAUACAGGGAGUUGAAUUGGGAUGUAGGAUGGAUGGCCGCAGGCCAAACGAAUAUCGACCUUUAGAAAUUGAGACUAGUAUCUUAAGCCGCGCGAGCGGUUCAGCGAGUAUUCGCAUUGGUGAAACAUUUAUUUUAUGUUGUGUCAAAACGCAAGUUGGUAAACCGUCGUUAACUGCUCCAAAUGAAGGUCGUAUAGAAAUUAAUGUUGAAUGUUAUCCUACAGCAACUCACCGUUGCAAUGAUAAAAUAGCAUCUGAAUUAGCUAAACGCUUGAAAGCAACAUUGCAAUCAGUCUAUCAAUCAGAGUUUCUUGAUCUUAGUUCAUUGUGUAUACAACGUGGUCGACAAUGUUGGAUUGUGUACAUUGACUUACUUAUAUUAGAAGGUGCUGGAAACCUGCUUGAUGCAUCAUCUUUAGUCAUUAAGGCUGCUUUACUCAAUGCAACAAAGUCGAAUUCUCCACUGGUAUCUGUUUUUAAAAAUAAGAAGAAAAUGGUGACUUCGGAAUGCUCAGCUGAACAAUCUAAUGACGAUAUGCUACCUGUAUUCGUUACAGUGCAUAAAAUUGGGAAUGCUUACGUAAUCGAUGCUACUAAAGAAGAAGAGGCAUGUUCAUUAUCCAGGUUGUCUGUUGUUAUAUACCCUGACGGGUCAUUAGGAUCUAUAGAACGUGAUGGAUGUUGUAGUAGUCAGUUGGAAACAAUUGUUGAAAUGUCAGAGCUUGCAGCCACAACUGGAAAGGAAUUACAUCAUGCUUUAAUAAACACACUGGAAUUAGAGAAACAAUUGCGUUCUACAAAGAAAAAAAUAUAGUAUCCUCGUAUAUAUGAUAUACUUAAAUGUCUUUUCAUCAUUGUUUCCAGUGUUGUGCAAGAGAAUAUGAUUGCCUUUUGAAAGUAUCCAUUGGAUUCCACCUUAAGCAAUUCGAU